UGUUUAUCAUCGCUAAUGCCGAGCGCGUCUCUUUUUUCUGAUUUAAAAUAAUUGAAAACGUCAAUUUUGCUUUGCUAUCCAAAUAAAAUUGUGAUAAAACAAUUGAGGUACAUUCCAAAUAAGCGUAAAAACGCAGAAAACAUACAAAGAAAUAGUCACACCAAAGCGAAAGAGCCACCGAUUGAGUGGCCGCUUUCACCCCGGGCUCAAGAAGACGCCGCAGAAGAGCGGAAAAAAUUCGCACAUCGCAUCCCUUGCCGUGCCGCAUAUCAGCAGAAGCAACAGCAUUCCCGCAUUCCAGCACACAUCCAAAUCAAGGUCAAGUGCGCGUCUCAGGAGGAACACAAUCGGAAAAAUGAGCAAAGAUAUUUACUAUUCGGAUAAAUAUUACGAUGAGAAAUUCGAGUAUAGACAUGUGGUCUUGCCCAAGGAGCUGGUUAAGCUGGUGCCCAAAACCCAUCUGAUGACGGAGACCGAGUGGCGAUCGAUUGGUGUGCAGCAGUCGCGUGGUUGGAUCCAUUAUAUGAUCCACAAGCCAGAGCCACAUAUCCUGCUCUUUCGACGCCCCAAAAUGGAGGAUUAAACGGAGUAAAAUACGCACACCAACUCACACGUAUACAACAGUCGGCAGCGUUUUGGCAGGAGGCAGCUCACACACUCAAACGCAUACACUCUUAUACAACGUCCGGCAGCUGCUGCUAUUGUGCGUGUAUUGGUGGUGUUGGUGGUGGCUGUGGAACCAACUGUUGCGAUCGUCCUACUGUCAGCGCUACACUACCCUACACUUUCCUCCCGUUUAAUUCUUUGAACAAAUAUUUAUGCUCCUCUCUGUAAGUCCCACUACCUGCGCGUACUCCUACUACCCCAUAGAUGCGUACACCCCAAGUGGCCAUAUUUUCAUCAAGUGAAUACUUCUUUGUUCAAUUCGAGCGAGCAGUUUUAACUACUCUAGAGAGCUAUUUUUAAUCACAAUGUUAGCCUCCGUCCUUCCAUCGAUGAAGUGACCAUUUUUAUCACCUACUUGCCAUUGGGCAGGUCUGUUGCCUUCAGUUUAAUAUCAUUUUAUUUUGGGGAGAGGUAAAGUAAAACACUAGACAUGGGUUUCCACAUUCCUCUCUCUAUAUUUUGCCAUUAUGCGUUGUACUUUGUUUGCCAUUUUGCAGUACAAGCAGGUACAGUUUCCGUCGGAUACGAAAAGCCACUUUGCUCACAUUUAAUCUUAAAAGAAUAAAAAUCUGAUUUGUGAUCUUGAAAUUUUUUGUAUAUCAAUAAUCUAUAAUACAUAAUAAUAUGUUUACACAUAAUACUUAUAAAAAAAACUUGUAAU